GGCGCCACCAGCCCGUCUGUGCUCAUCUGGGUUUACUUUCACUUUCGACGGUCAGUCAGAAGCUCUGCAGACUGGAACUGGACCGGAACAUCUGGACACGUCUCCCCGAGCUGAGUGUCAAACUCCAUCCUCCAUCUUUGAUCUGAUCCUGAAAAUAAGAAGAUGGGUAACGAGCUGAGUGCAGAGGAGAGGAGGGACAUGGAGAAGAGACGCAUGGACCACUUUGGGCGUCAUAUCAGCGAGGGUCAGAACCUGAGAGUCAACAGAACCAUCAGGAUGCUCACCAGUCUGGACUCUUCUGACCACCUGACACAACACUACGAAAGGAGGAGAACGGAGGCGGGAAGCAGAGCUGCAGACUGGAUCCAGAGGCUGGUGGAGCAGCUGGGGGCCUUGACUCCAGCUCCUGAGCUGGCGGGCCUCGGAGCGCUGGCCAUCGCCAUCAUCAUCGACAGCAACUCCUCCGGUCCACCUGAGGAGAGCACGAAGGAGGCUCUGAGGUGUGUGUUUGCUGAGGAGAAGGCCUCCGAGGUCUGGGAUCACAUCGACGAGUGUCUGAAGAGAUGCGUGAUGCACGUCGACAACACGGAGGAGCUGCUGGGCGACAUCAGAAGGAUCGAGGUCCAGCUGAGCGCCGCCAUCACCAGGCUGAAGAACUCCAUGGUGAGGGACGGGCACAUGACGUCUGAGGCUCUGAAGGCCUGGGUGAACGGGGCAGCCUUCCACAUCCAGGUGCUGAUUCACCUGGUGAGACUGGGAGGGAUUCAGAGCUGUGAUCCUGUGGAGAGACUCAUCUCUGCUUACCUGAGCGACCUGGACCUGCUGUUUGAGAAGCACAAGGAGGUGAUAAGAGAGAAGUGCAGAAAAACCAAAGUGUACAACAGCAUAGGAACUGCACUGGACAAUCCGUGGGAAAACCUUCUGGUGGAUCACUACCUGGUGGAUGAUACUUCAGAAUGGCAUGAGCUGUCAUUAUGUUUGACCUUUGAACAAUAUUGUGAGGUUUAUUAUGAUCGCAGGUACGUCACACAGAAGCUGGAGACUCAGACUUACUUCAGCGACAUGAGAAGGGACCUGCAGCAGCUGGUUGAUCAGAGAGGCUCCUUUAAUGUCCACUGAGAGGCUGAGAGACCUGCAGAGACACCAGGGGGACCACACCUGUCCCAGCUCACCUGUGUCCUGACUCAGACCAGCACAGGGCUGUCCACAUACUUUAGGCCAUGUCUCCUAAUUGAUGUCAAAUGAAAAUCAAUAACAAUAAAUGUUUUUUGUCUGACUGGA